AUGGAUAAGACUUCUGUUCAGGAGGCAUCCUCCCCCGCCGAUACCGACCGUAAUUCCGACCGUCAUGUUUCAGAAGACGAAAGCUCACCCCAGAUUGAGGACGUCGAAGCCCUCAAGGCCGAAGUUGCCCUCCUCCGGGACAAACUGGAGAUUCUUCAGGGAAAAGCUUCGCUCGACAUCAAGUUGCAAACGCAGAUGCUUACUGCCGGGGCCAAGGGCUGGCCAGAUUAUGAUUUCAAGGUCUUGGGGGACCGGAUCCGCUCGGUUAUGUAUCACAUAGAACAUUGGUGCCAACAACAUGCCCGGCAAGGUAUGCCUGAUACCGUUGAACUGCAUGACUUGGAAAAGCAAGCCAUCAUUCCUAGCCUAGAAGGCUAUUGGGUUCAAGAUUUGGAAUGGGAUACACUGAUGAAGUCUCUUCCCUACCCUUUCUCUCUGUAUAUGUCGGAGGUGCUCGCUCAGAGUAUCUUGACAAAGAACAUCGUGGAUAAGUUCUUUGUCAACCCAUUUUGGUACCUUGAAGGAGAAGGCCUCGAUCGGCAGGAUCAUACGACGGGUUCAGUCUCCUGUGCACAGAAUCUGCAACAUCUGUACCGACGAUUUCUAGAAAGUGGGAACUUCUCUUCCGCAUCCUUCUAUCAUCCUCAUCUGAUGCUGACCAGGACUGCAGCAAAUGGCCCCAGAGCCACCGUUUGA